AUGUCAGCCACUUUUAAAUGUGAAGAUGAAAGCGAGACUGUCAUCAAGGGGGCUUUAGAGGAAGGGCUUCUGUCUGAUGGGGUGUUGACAGCAGGAGGGGCUGGGGCUUUGAAGAACCAGUGCAGGCAUCAGUGCAUAUUUGGCCUAGCUCCUUUUGAUGAGAUUAUUGUGGAACAGACAAAGCAGUCUACAGAGGGCAAAGUCAUGGAGACUGAGGAAGGCAUCUCUGUUCUUGAUGUCACAUCAGAUCCCCAGCCCAGUGCACACCCAAUACCUCAGCCCUUUGCAAAACCACAAGAUGAGCUGGCCAUGCUGAAACCAGGACACCCAUCAGAGGUGACCAAGACUCUGGUGGAUUCCGACCUAAGAAAAACAACUUUUAAAGAGUUACUGAUUGUCCUGUGGGAAAAUGACAAGUAUAUUUUAGCAAAGAUGAGUGGGAAAUGUUCUUGUUCUCAUGAAAGAAAGAAUUCAGAUGUGGUACAGAAGAGUUGGGCCUUCAUGAUCCCAUUCCUCAUCCUGCUGGUCCUCCAGGGCAUCCCCCUGCUGUACCUAGAGUUCGCCAUCGGGCAGAGGCUGUGCAAGGGGCCUGUGGGCGUGUGGAGCGCCGUGCACCCGGCCCUCAAGGGCAUAGGCAUCACCUCCAUGCUGGCGUCCUUCAUGGUUGGGCUGUACUACAACACCAUCAUCACCUGGAUACUGUGGUACUUCUUCAACUCCUUCCAGGACCCGCUGCCCUGGAGCCAGUGCCUGCUGGGCCAGAACCUCACGGGCUACACUAAUGAGUGCACGCGCAGCUCCUCCGUGGACUACUUCUGCAACAAUUGCGAGAUGGACUCGGGGAUCACCUCCAUCAAUGGCUUCACGUCCGUGUACACGGCCACAGUGAUCUAUUCCACCAUUGGUUCCACGCCACCUAGCGCUACGGACGACUGCUUCAGCACGGACCUCCUGACCCUCAUGAACGCCUUCGACCUGCCGGAGGGCAACGUGACCCAGAACUUCGCGGAGAUGCAGCGCUGGUGGAACGCCACGGACCCCGUGGCCUACGCCCAGCUCACGUUCCAGACCUGCGACAUGAACUCCUUCUUCUCGGAGGGCAUGGAGGGCAUGGGCCUGGCCUUCAUUGUCUUCGCCGAGGCCAUCACCAAGAUGCCGGUGUCCCCGCUGUGGUCCAUGCUAUUCUUCCUCAUGCUCUUCUGCCUGGGCCUGUUGUCUAUGUUUGGGAACAUGGAGGGCAUGGCCGUGCCACUGCAGGACCUCAAGCUCAUCUCCGCCAAGUGCCCUAACGAGCUGCUCACAGGCCUCAUCUGCCUGGGGACCUUCCUGGCCCUCAUCUUCAUGCUGAACUCCGGCCAGUACUGGCUCUUCCUGCUGGACAGAUAUGUGGGCUCCAUCCCCCUGCUCAUCAUUGCAUUCUGCAAGAUGUUCGGGAUCCUCUAUGUGUAUGGCAUUGACAGGUUCAACAAGGACAUUGAGUUCAUGAUUGGGCACAAGCCCAACAUCUUCUGGCAGCUCAUGUGGCAGGUGGUCAGCCCCCUGAUCAUGCUGGUCAUCUUCCUCUUCUACUUUGUGGUCAAAGUCAGCAAGGAGCUAACCUACAGCAUCUGGGACCCCAGCUAUGAGUUCCCCAAAUCCCGGCAGGUCGGGUACCUGCCCUGGGUGUACGUGAUGGUGGUGGUCAUGGCCGGUGUGCCCAGCCUCGUUAUCCCAUGCUUCGCCAUCUACAAGCUCAUCAGGAGCCACUGCCAGUAGCCAGAGGAGCAGCAGGGCCUGGUCAGCACACAGUCCACAGCCUCUGUGAACAGGGACCUACUGAGGGCUACAGACCCUUGA